CUACUCCGCUAUGUAUUAAGGCUGAGCUCGACAGGUUACGUUCGUUUUUUUCUUUUCCCUUUCCCCUUCCACCACUGAAUGCCCCCGUCGGCUUUUCGUAUCUUGAGCUUCCUGAAUUGUCGACGGUCUACGUUAAACAUUCAUCUGCAAAAGAACAGAUCACUCCCUUUCUAUUCUGCACUACUAGUACAACAGCAACAACAACAACAACAGCAACAGCAACGCAACAGCAGUAAUAGUAACACUCGAGUAAACCACCCACCCAUUUCCUCUACCACUACAGCACUAGCAGCAACAGCAACAGCACGUAACCUGCAUCAACAGCAGCCAAAAAGACACUUUUCUGAUUCGAUUGCACCUAUGCCAGCUGUUGCCACCGACUCUCCUUCAGACUGGGAACUUUCCAGCUCUGGCAAAUAUUGGACAUUUACUCGUCCAUUGGAAAAAUCCGAUAAUGACGACCGGCAUUAUCGUUUAAUCAAACUAGCCAGUAACGAUUUACAAGUGCUAUUGAUCCAUGAUAGCGAUACAGACAAAUCCAGCGCAGCUUUGGACGUGCAUGUGGGUCAUUUAAGCGAUCCGGACGAUUUGCAAGGUCUCGCGCAUUUCUGUGAACACUUGCUCUUCAUGGGAACCGAAAAGUAUCCGAAAGAAAACGACUACAACCAGUACCUUGCUGAACAUUCGGGUUUCUCAAAUGCAUUCACUGGCCUCGAAAACACCAACUACUACUUUGAAAUCGGCCAUGAAUAUCUGGGUGGUGCGCUAGAUCGGUUUGCCCAGUUUUUCAUUUCGCCCUUGUUUUCUGCAAGCUGUACAGAACGCGAGCUUAAGGCUGUGGAUUCAGAACACAAGAAGAAUCGACAGCAAGAUAGUUGGCGUAUGUUCCAACUCGAAAAAUCGUUGAGUAAUCCAGAUCAUCCUUAUUGCCAUUUCGGUACUGGUAGUUUGGAAACGCUGUACGACGAUCCAAAGGCGAAGGGUCAGGACAUUCGUGCCGAACUGCUCAAGUUCCAUGACAAUUAUUAUUCUGCCAACAUCAUGAAGCUUUGUAUUCUCGGGCGAGAAUCACUCGAUCAGUUGACCGAUUGGGCAGUCGAGAGAUUCAAAGAUGUGCGCAACAAGGGGAUCGAGCCACCCAGUUUCCCUGGCCAUCCAUUGACAGAGAAGGAAUUGAUGAAACAAAUAUUUAUCAAGCCUGUUAAGGAUGUGCGUUCCUUGGAAAUGACGUUUCCCUUUCCCGAUCAACGACCCUUGUACGCUGUCCAGCCCGGUAGAUACAUUUCGCAUUUGAUCGGUCAUGAAGGACACGGCUCAAUUCUGUCGUUGUUGAAGAAGAAUGGUUGGGCAAACUACUUGCAAGUUGGGUCUAUUCAUGGUGGCAUUGGAUUCGAAUUCUUGCGGAUCAGUAUCGACUUGACAGAAGAGGGUCUUAAAUGCUAUGAAGACGUUGUCCUGUGCGUAUUCCAAUAUAUCGAAUUAUUGCGGAGAACAGGUGUCCAAGAAUCGACGUUCAAUGAAGUACGAUCUUUGGCAUCGUUGGCUUUUCGAUUCAAGGAAAAGUACCCACCCUCACAGUACACUUCCCGCCUUGCUGGCCUUAUGCAACACGGCUAUCCAUCGCAAAAUGUGCUCAGUGGACCAAGCUUGAUUAGAGAGUACAAUCCCGAGUUGAUCAACCGGGACCUGGGCUACCUGCGACCCGACAAUUUCAGAAUUAUGGUUGCAAGCCAACAGCCACCUGGCAAUGUGGAAUUCACAAAGAGGGAGCGUUGGUAUGAUACGGAGUACGAGAUCAUGGAAUUCAGUGAUCCUUUGAAGGAGUCACUGCGAGAAUUGGAGCUAAACACAGCACUCCAUCUUCCUGAUCGCAACGAUUUCAUUCCAACCAAUUUUGAAACACACAAAAAAGAUAUCAAGCAUCCAGCCAAGCGACCUGAUUUGGUGAUGAAUACACCAAAGACGCGAUUGUGGUACAAGAAGGAUGACACUUUCUGGGUGCCAAGAGCAAAUGUGUGGAUUCUUUUCCGCAGCCCAUUGGCUUAUGCUACGCCUACGAAUUGCGUCAAGACUCGAUUAUACACGGAUAUUCUGAAGGAUUCGUUGAAUGAAUAUGCAUAUGAUGCCGAAGUAGCUGGUCUUUCAUACAACAUCGAGAACCAAUUGGAAGGAAUGCUGCUGGCUAUAGGUGGCUACAACGACAAGCUUUCUGUGCUGUUAGUAAAAGUCAUUCAAAAGAUGCGUGACCUCCAAGUUGAUCCUGAGCGGUUUAAGCUACUCAAAGAUCAGCUUCGAAGAUCCUACAGGAACUUUUCUUUGGAGCCACCUUAUCAACAUGCAUUGUAUUAUCUGUCAUAUUUCACCCAAGAUAAAAUGUGGACCAAUGCAGAAAAGUUAAAGGAACUUGAUGCCAUUACGGCCGAGGAUAUCCAGUCAUUCUACCCUACUAUCUUGUCGCACUUGCACUUAGAGGCACUUGUGCAUGGCAACGUGCAACAACAAGAAGCAGAGCAGAUGAUGAAGUCGGUUGCUGAUAUUCUGCAGCCACGUGAGUUGCUUCCAAGCCAGUUGAUAGGACAUAGAAGCCUCAUCUUGCCGGAAGGAUCUAAAUGGGUAUAUAAGCGUCAAGUCGAGGACCCGAACAAUGUCAAUUCCGGCAUAGAGUAUUUGAUCCAAGUCGGCAAUGUGACACAGACGGCUCUUCGGGCAAGAUUAAGCUUGUUGGCUCAAAUUGCACAAGAACCUUGCUUUGAUCAGCUGCGAACCAAGGAACAACUAGGUUACUUGGUUUUCAGUGGCGUCCGAAAACAGACGGGCUCUAUGGGCAUGCGUUUCAUUAUCCAGAGUGAACGAGACACUGUCUAUCUCGAGAAUCGUAUCGAGGAGUUCCUUGUCAAGCUGCGUGGUAUCAUUGCGGGCAUGUCCGAUCAAGAGUACCAGGCCCAGGUACAAUCUCUUAUUUUUAAAAAACUAGAAAAAGAUAAGAAUCUCGGACAAGAAGGCGGCAAAUACUGGACACACAUUCACUCGGGCUACUAUGAAUUCGAGCAAGUGGACAAUGAUGUCGCUCAGCUCAAGUCGAUCUCCAAGGACUCGCUGUUGGAUUUCUUUGACCAGUACAUUGAUCCGGUAUCUGACAAGGCACGCAAAAUAUCCGUCCACAUUCAAUCCCAAAAGACGCCUCUGGCAGCAGCCAAAUACAAGGUCAACAUUGAGUCGCUGCACACGUGUCUGGUUGCACAGGGUGUCACGCGAUUAAGCGUGGAUGAUCUGAGAGCAGCAGUGGAAAAGGGCGAUGCUGGCGAAGCAUCGAUCCAAGCAGUUUUGCGCGAGAUGCUGAUUGACGAGUCCAAGGGAGACGAAGAAGAGAUUGAAGGAUUGAUGUCGAAACUGGUAGCUGCCAUGGGCAUGGUAGAGAACAGUGCAGCUCAGUCGAACGGAUCGGUGAGCGGUACGUUUGUCACUGUUGACAGCAAAAAGACAGCGCGUCGCUUAUCGGUUGCAGAUGGCGAUUCCUCGGCGGAAAGCGGUCAACAGACUCCCGUACGUGACCACAACAACCUGCCUGAAGGCAACGUCGUCAUUUCAGAUCCAGUGGAUUUCAAGAGCAGGAUGGAGUUGAGCCCUGCGGCCGUGCCGCUUAUUGAUUUUUAGUUUCUCUUUUUUUUUUCUUUCUUUUUCCAUAUAUUAAUUAUUGAUUCGCUUUUGCCGUUUUCUCUCUCUCUCUCUCUUUUAAACCGCCGUCCUCUCUCCUACAAAACCACGCAACACCCAAUAACUCACACAUGUAUAUUUGUUUGGUCUUUGCAUAUUAUAAAAAAGAUGU